AUGAGCGCGCAGACCCCGGCUGGGCAGGAGGAAUCCCGCGCCCUGCCCUGGACGCCUUCCAUGGGCCCCAAGAGUGCCAUGGCAACGCUGCCAGAGGCCAAGGAGGAGCAAUGCGUGCGCGUGCUGCAGGAGCUUGCUGCAGCGCAUGAGGAGGCUAGAAGCCGAGAAACGGCGCAGGAGGCCCUGCAGGUGACGGCGGAGCGAAAGCAAUGCCAGGAGCAGUUGAUCGCCAACAUCAAGGCAGAGUAUGCGCAGAAGCUGGCGGUGGAGCGGCAAGAGCGGCAGCAGUUUGAGGCGGCGCUGCAAAGGCAAAACACGGCACAAAGCUGA